GCCUUCUCGUAUCUGCCUCCCGGGGGAAGGGAAGAGUCGGUGCGCGCCCGACCUGUUUGUGCGCCAGGGAGGGAGGGAGGGAGGGAGGGAGGGGGAGUGCCAGCGAGCGCCUCGCCUCGCCCCGACCCCUGACUCGGGUUGCGGUGCGCCGAGGCCUCCGCCCCAGCGCGGCGGAGAGGGGACACGCCCGGCCUGCCUCGCCCGCCUCGCCCGCCUGGCUGGCUGAGUGAUUCGCGCGCCCCUCCCUGACCCUCCCUCCUGCCCGCCCUCUUAGCUACCCCGCCGGCCAAGGGAGCCUGGCAGAGCGAGCGGCGCCGGCGUCAUGUGACAGCGCUGCCUAGUGCCAGGAGCCUGCCUUGGAGCUUGGUGGGGGGAAGAAGCAGAAGAAGAGGAGAGAGACAGAGCAGAAGGCGAGGGCAGAGGCGCGACGGGCUGACAGACGGACGCGCCGCCGACGGACUAAACGCCCCUGCGGCCAAGCGGCUGAGAGAGAAACCCCCGGGUUUCCCCCUCGAGGGCGGAAAAAGAGAGGGAAGGAGGGUUUUUCCCGCUACCAGCGAGAACGGCAACAGCACCGCCGACUCAAGCAGCAAACUUCUUGCGGUGGCGUCGUCGCCUCGGUUUCUUGGACAAGUUAAGAGAGGGGAGAAAAGUAAGUCGCGCGAAGGGAAGGGGAGGAGGCAAAGGUGGCGGCGGCGGCUCUGAGGAAAGCGACGUGUCUGGUGGUGGUGGCGGCGGCGGCCGAGAGGUGUCUGGGAGAAGGGAUGGGGAAGCGGGGAGGCCGGAGGGAAGGUGCUCCUCCCGCGAGGGGGGAAAUGGAGAGGCUCCUGGACGCGCGCUCUUGCUUGGCGAAGCGGGGGCGCACGCGCCGGCCCGGCCAAGGGACUUGGGGGCGCUUCGGCCAGAGUGUUUGUGCAACUGCAAAAGUUGUGGGGCGGCGGGGGGGGGGGGGGUCCUGGGAUCUGUCUCCAUGACCCACCCCCCGGGGGUGAGGGGGGGGGAGAGACGCCUUGCCAUUUGGAGUCGCCGCUGCCCCGUGAGCUGAAGGAGCGCCGCAGCUUUGGCGUUCACGUGUGUUUUCCCGAUCUGCGGUGGGUGCGUGUUUGUGUGUCUCCCUCUUGCUUUUCUGUUCCCCGUCUUCUGAAACACGAACCGUUCCUCCUGUCAUUUGGAGCUGUUGGGGAUGAGAGCCGUCGAACAAAGAUCCCAUCUGCCGCAGCUUUCCUGAGGGGCUUUUUAAAAAAGAAAACACCUGGAGCUACUGGAUUGCUUUCUUUCGACAAGAGUUUGCCGCUAACUAGACUCGAGAUACUUUUCUUCUCCCUCCCAAGUGGGAAAGGACGUUGCUCCAUGUCUCUUUGCGUUCCUUAACAUUAUUUUGGGCUUCGCUGCAUAGGAUGCUCAAAACAAAACGGCAGCCCUGCAUCAUAACAUCCUUGGAGAACUGCCAUUUAAAUAAUUGUCAGUUGAUCAGGGGGUUGCUGCGUUUGUUAUCUCUUCAUAGGAGCAAGAAAGGAAAAAUGAGAAGCAUAUAUCAAGAUGUGUGAAUUAUGUCCGUUUCUAGACACUACAUACCAAACUAGAGAAGAGGACACAUUUGUAUAGCGUUUUUGGUUCUGUACUUAGUCAAGUAACAUUGAUAUGCAAUGUGAGAUGUUCUCUUAAGGUUCUACUGUUUAGAGGUUGUUCCCCUCCCUCCCACCAAAAAAGAAGGGGAUAAAUAAUUCUAUUUCAAUCGCCAGUUUAGUUGCUGUUUGGGAAAGAAAACUUAAUGUGCACAGCGUAAGUUUGAACAUGAAGUCUGUUGCUUUUUUCUAUUUCAUGCAUGUCUUGACAUGGAGAUGUCAUGUGUAUUUUCAGUUGAUUUACAAUAAGAAUAAUUGCUUUGCUGAAUAACUGCAUUGAGCAGCCUGUCCACGUUUUAUCUACAGUGGCUCACAGAGAGCAGUGUAUACCCAUUUUAUUGCUUUUUUAAAACACAUUCACACACUUUCCAAAGUCACCUAGGUUCUGGUGAUCAAUUUUUUAAAAAGAGUCUUGUGCAUAAUUGAAAGGGACACCAGCACUUGGCUUCUUUCCUUCCUGAAAGGUGCUUUCAUUGUGCUUAAAACAUUACUGCUUAUCUUGGAUGUUUGUAUUAAUUUCCAUAUGGAACAUAACUUUAGCAAGAAUCCCCAGUUUUUAUUUAGGAAAUGGUGCUAAAAUUCACCAAACAACACAUUUCGAUUUAGAUUAACAUUUAGCUUUCUUCUUACUGCAGCAAUUCAUAAACUCUCACUUUGUCCAUUUUUAUUCUUAUGCUGAGUUGUCUCUCAGCUGAAGUGUGUGUGCAGCAUCUCUUGCAUAGUUGUGUGUGUGGCAGGAAGUGCCACAGUUCACAGGGCUCACCUUUGUCUGGUUGUUGGAGAAAUCGGAACCUUGCAUAGAUGCAGUACUUUGAAACAUUUUGAGUCCACAAAAGUGUUAUUUUCUAUAAAAGGCAAAAAAUUGCGGUGUAACUUUUUCCCCAUAGUUUUGAGAACUUUUCCCAUAGCUUGCCUAAUGAGUUGCUUGCAUGAUCCAGACUUGGGUUUGGUUAAGAUCAACAAUUUGACCUAGGAAUAAUGUACAUCAACCUAACUUUGGCCGCUAGGCUUUAAAAUGUGUUGGUCAGUUUUGCAAUAUGAAUGCUUUCAGAUAAACUCUUCUCCAAUUCCCUUCCUCACCAAAGCAAAGCUAUCUAGGCAGACUUUUUGCUUUGACUGAAUUUUAUACUGAUAAACAAAAAAGCAAGAUAAUAUCUGAGAAUGACAGUUGUGUAGUAUGAUAAAUAUUAUUAUUAUUAUUAUUAAUAGAAGACCUGGUUGUAAGUGUGCCCUACUAUUCUGCCUUCCUGUUUUUGCAAACACCAAAGUUAUUAUAAACUAGUAACAUUCACAGAAUGUUAUUUCUUUGGCGGAGGGGGCAGACUUGUGCCACCCUAAGGCUGUAAUUCUAUGUGCACACUCACUUUGGAGAAAACCCCAUUGAUGUCAGUGGUACUUCUGAGUAAACAUUAUAGAAUUGCACGGUAAAUAGAGUUUGUGCCUAUUUCUGAAGAAAAUUUGAAAAGUGAUGUUCUGAUUAGAAAAUGCAUGUCUUUUAGGAGCAACCAUAUCCAAACAUGGGUCCAAACAGAGACUAGACUAGUGUUAAGAGGAAUCUGUAGCAGCAAGUUUAGUGAUUGAGACUCAAAUCUGCACUUGGUUGUUAUGAUGCUUGUCAACAGAAUAUAGGACAUCCUUAUUCUGCCCUUGCAUCAGGCAUAGUAGACCUGUUCUACUGAUCUAGUUCAUAAUAUGUGAAAUAUGAAUGCCAUAUAAAGUAGUAUAAUAUGUAGAAAUCAACCAGAUAUAAAAUGGGCAGCUGGUAUUUUUCUGGAGGUUUCUGUGGCCCAUCUGUGGGUCCAUAGCUAUGAUGGGAGCAAGCCUUGGACACUUAUGGUUCCCCUCUCCCCUUUGCUCCCCCCAAGUCCAAGAGGAGUUGGAAGUUUUUGCUUUUGAUUAACUGCAUUUUAGCAUCACAUCCAGAUCUUAUAAUGUGAUUAAACUUUACUUUAUUUUCUUUCAAACAAAGACAGUUUCAUAACCCAUGGUUUGAAGUUUGUUUGUUUCAAACAAACCAUGGUUAAAUUUAAACCACCAUUUGUUUGAUCGGUCUCAACUUGUCAUUUAAAUGGAACCAGCAUCCAGGACUUUCUGACUCUCAUUCUUGUCAUUAUUGAGCCAUGGUUUAUUGAGAUAUCCAAAUAAGCUCGCCGUAUGUCCUGGUGUUUUUGUCUUACAAUGAUCUGGCUCAUACAACAUGCUAAACCUAGUGCAAAUGAAUGCCACUUAGUGCAACCACCACUUUGAUCCUCCCUGGUUGUUUGCUGCUGAGCUAAGCCAUGGUUUGCCUUAGCGUCCCAUUAAAACAUGGGCUCGUCACCAAGCUCUCAUAGGCAAACCAUGAGCCAUAAACCAUAGGACAAACCUUAAUUACAGCUCCUGGUUAGUCUGGAGAGAACUAAACUGUGAGUCUGGCUUCAGCUGACACACUAAGCCAAGACAUGGGUUAGCACAGCAGCAGAAAGACCAGGGUAGCAAAAGUGGCCUCACUCUACUUGCUUGCAGCCUGCAGAACCAUGGUAAGCUGUGACUUGAGCUUGCAUGUCAUGCAAACCAGGCUACUGUCUGGUGCAUCAACUUUUACUUUCAAUAAAUUUUAGGCACUAUUAUUGGAGCUCCAGAUUGUUUGUAGUGACCUCUCAUAUUAAGGAGAUCUUGUACAAGUAGAGAAAGGAGGCUAGAAAGUGCAAUAAAAUAAUGGCUGUUUUGGUUUUGGGGGAGGGGGAUACUUUAUUGGGAGCAAGAGUCCACCUCAACCCUUGAUAACAAAGUUUGUGUUUGUAUUCCAGAAUUUUUUUAAAAAAGGAGAAUGCUUGGGAAGUCCAGAGUUAAUUAUUCCGAGCUGUCUGGAAAGGGUGGGUGCGAAGGAAAUUGCAUGUUGUGGUCAGUGUUUGAAACUCCCAUUUUUCUAGGCGCGUUUUGCAACAGGGAAUUUCAUUAAUGUGAGCCGUUUCUGAGCUUUGGGAGCAGUACUGCGCCUAAGAUUUCAGAUUAAAACUCCCACUGCUGGAACGAAAGGAGGACCUUUUUCUGCCUCUCCACUUCCAGCCACUCUCUUGAGAACUGGAGAAGGGACCCUCAUAAGAAUAUUAGGGGGGCGGGCAGAGGAAGUAUGGCUUUGUUGUUUGCAGCCUUCAGGUGAGGACUAGACCAUGUGAAAAAGGAAUAUGAGAUUUUAGCUGCAGUUCAUUCAUUUUCAUCCUUGUAUUCUUGUUAUAAGAAAGGUGCACCUAGACAUUCGGUCGCGGCACCCAUAACCUAGGUUUAAGGUGCCAUUUAGCUCCCAGCUUUCAUAUCUCAGUGGUUAUAUUAUCCCAUAUAGAUAUUAGUCUGGUGUUUGUCAAGGGCAGGUCUGCGAUAUAGAGACAGGUUGUUUUUUUCACACCCAGAGACCAAGCACUUUACACGUUACACCCACUUUGCUUGCUUGCUUGCUUGCUUGUUUGUUUGUUUGUUAAAUCCCAGCUGCACAUGAAUAUAGGGGUCAGGGAAGGCCACCCAAAUGUUUCUCUGUGCUUUCUUUCCAGCCCAGCCAGCAGAGCCGUUUCCUGUUCUUUGUUUCAAGGCUGGGGUUUGCGUCAUACAUUCCAAGUAGCAUAUGUGUGCUCUUUCCUGUUUCGGGCUGUUUUCUGGUAGAUCAGUAGCCCAGCCACAACCCCUUGUCACUGCCCUACAACUCCCAGUCUCCACCCAGCGAAUUAUCAUGUCUCUACACACUCAGCGAUUGCCUAAGCAGCCUGUGUUAUGUCACAAGGAGCCUGUGUGUUAGCAUUUAAACUCCCACAUUCUGUGCUACAGCGCGCAAUUAAGGAUACUUGCUGGGCGUGGGGAGGUACAGGUUUUUGAGACUUCAGAAGGGGAGGGAAGCGGUGGUGUGAAUUGGAAGUAGUUUCACUGAAAUGCAUGAAUGUUAAAAGUUUUUCUUUUCUUUUUUAAAGCAGACCACUCACUAAUGCAUGUAAAUUCAACAUCUGUUCUGGAGGGUUUUUUUCUAGCAAACAUCAUAGUUCUGGUUAAGCUUUACCUCUCUGUGGUGGUGAUAAAAAUGGUACUUAGAAUAUACAAAAUACAUUCAAGUGAUCAAAGCCUUUCAUAUUCAUCAUUUUAGGCAUGAUGGAGGAAGCCUAACCCCUACCCAAAGCAAAAUGUUUCAUAGAAUUGGGAAAUUAAUAGUGUUUGGAGGCACUCCAUAUUUUAACUCCAGAAUUUAACUUCUGCCAUAAGGCAGUGUGUCAUCUUCCCAAACCGCUCGUGGAAAAUGACUGUCCAGCCUUUUCACUUAAAACCCUAGUAAAACAGAUCUCUGUGCACAUCACGGAAGUGUUCCUAAUCUGCAUGUGAAGCAGGGAAUUACAAUUUCUCUUUGCAAUGCGAAAAACUACGCAUUCUUCUUUUGAAUGAAAUAGUGUAUCCGAUUGGGAAGCAAGGAUGCAUUCGCAAGGGAAAGAGGAAGAAAAAAAAAUGUUCCAAGAGGAAGUUCAGAAAGAGAGCUUUGACCAUCUGUAUUAUUAUUAUUGGGAUUUACUACUGACGGAUCAUUUCACAGCUAACUAGUAUUCUGUAUUUACCCAGAUAAGGAGGUUUGUACAUGGAAGCAAGCUUUUUGCAUGCCUAGCAUUUGCUGGAACGGGGCCAUUGAUGUAAAUUGGAUGUACAUCUGGAUGCAGAUGUUAUCUACCUGCAUGAUACUACUUUCAGGAGGAUGCUCAUUUAGCUGCACAUCUGCAACCACAUUCUGGUGCAACUGGUCAUGCAAAACGACGUGUAAUAAGAUCUGGAUUGGGGCUUAUAUGGCACAAUUAGCCGAAGUUAAAUAUUCCCUCAGUUCCAUUAAUUUCAAGCAAGCGUUUCCCACUCUUUCCAACUGAGAUCAGUGUGGGAAAUUUAGUAACUAGGUUGUUGCGCCCAUUCUUCUUAGAGAUACACUUAUGGUAUUUUGCAUUUUUUUCUUCUCAGAAGUACGGAUUUCGCGAACUUAUUUGUGUAGAUAACAGAAGCUAAUCUUUUGGUAAGUUUUUAUUUGCAAAAAGGAAAAAAAAAACCUGCUUUCCUGCAAAGACGUUAGAUUUCUGAUUGGGUUAAUAUUAAAAUUGUGCAUCGUGUUAAUAAAGACCAACAAAAUCAUCAGCUGAAAUACUGUACCUUACAAGCUGUCAGAGCAGAUUAAGUUUAAAAAGGGAAUGUCUGCUUAGUACUGUAUAUUCUAUACAGUGGUACCUCGGGUUACAUACGCUUCAGGUUACAGACUCCGCUAACCCAGAAAUAUUACCUCGGGUUAAGAACUUUGCUUCAGGAUGAGAACAGAAAUCGUGCAGCAGCAGGAGGAGGCCCCAUUAGCUAAAGUGGUGCUUCAGGUUAAGUACGGACCUCUGGAACGAAUUAAGUACUUAACCCGAGGUACCACUGUACUUCCUCUGUGUUAAGGAUUGGAAUACUAGACUGUAAGCCCUCUGCAAAUUCAGAAAAGACAUGUACUUUAGUCUCCUAGGAUCAUACCAAUUCAUGCAGAUGGAGGUUACCUAUUUAAAUACACAUUCCUGCCCUCUCCCCUUUUUAAAAAGAACCUUCUGCUCGUUUUCUAUAAGCAUAUUAAGGAGAAGGGUAUGCUAAAAUGCUUUGUCUCCCAUGUGAUAAGCUUUCUAUAGGCAAAUAAAUUUGAGGCAGAUAAGCAAUGAAGCCUGUGACUCUCGCCUGAAUUCUACGCAGGGGUAGCCAAUCUGGUGCUUCCCAGCUGUUUUGGAUUACACCUUCAGCUAACAUGGACAUUGGUCAGGGAUGAUGGGAGUUGAGAUACACAACAUCUGGACAGCACUACGUUGGCUACACCUGACUAGUGCCUUCCAUAGUGUGGAUACUGGUCAGUGAAAAAGUUUAGAGUUUAGAAAUUUGAAGGCUAUCGCCUUGCUUCACUAUUUUAAUCCACUUAAUCAACUAUGAUAUUGGUUUUGUAUAUGCUUUAGUCAGGCAUAACAUAGUUGAUCGUUUUAAUGAUCACAUAUCAACCUGGUCCAUCCUUUAAUACUACACUGCCAUUGCCUUUUCUUUUUAAAAAUAAAAAUAACUGGACUUUUGUAUAUUUAUUUAUUAGGACUUCUUCGCAGUGAACUAAAAUCAGGUAUUUGAAGCUAAUGUUUGUAAGUGUAGGUGAUUUUGCUAUUCACUGUAAGUCAAAGAUACAGUGGUGCCUCGCAAGACGAAAUUAAUCCGUUCCGCGAGUGUCUUCGUCUAGCGGUUUUUUCGUCUUGCGAAGCAACCCUAUUAGCGGCUUAACGGAUUAGCGCUAUUAGCGGUUUAGCGGCUAUUAAAGGCUUAUUGGCUUAGCGGAUUAGCUGCUAAAAGGCUAUUAAAGUCUUAGCGGCUUAGAUAAAGGGGGGGGGGAGCGGAAAAAAAAUCUCAAGACUCGCAAGACAUUUUCGUCUUGCGAAGCAAGCCCAUAGGGAAAUUCGUCCUGCGAAGCAACUCAAAAACGGAAAACCCUUUCGUCUAGCGGGUUUUCCGUCUUGCGAGGCAUUCGUCUUGCGGGGCACCACUGUACAUAAUUUCUGAGAUAUACUUUAUAAUUAAGUCAUAUAUUUUGUAAAGACAGGUUAUUGUAAUAGCCAAUGCUUCUAACCAGCAGGAAGCCCUUCUCUGUAGCCGGCAUUGAAGUUUUGUGUUUUCAUUUCAAGGUUUAUUGCUUCCAAUUCAUAAUUUGACAUUUGGCAGGGUUAAGGAACAAAUUUAACUCUUGCCUGUCUUAAGGCUCCAUCUGGUGCCAAGGCUUCCUUAUAGGGUUUUUAAUAACAGUUGUUGAUGUAUUCCAAGGGUAGCUAUCCUAACAGUUAUGUAAGCCAAACAGAACGCUAGAAGUGCUGCAUAUUUUAAAUACUAAGGUUAGCCAUAAUGGAAAUUAUGUGUGUGUGACUGUCUGGUACAUGCGGUGAGCAUGUAGUUUAAAAGCCUUGGCACAUCAGAGAAUGACCAAAUUGCUUCUCUGAAGAGACACACACACAAAAAAGCUUAUUUAAUCAUUUUUCCAUACCCAUCAUCUUUCUUCCUCCUCUUCCCUAGUUUGAUUUUUCGCAAUUCACAUAUAUCUGUGUAAUGUUCCCUUCUGAUUUUUACAUCUUGCUCAGAUCCAAAAGUCCAAACUCGCAUGAAUGAUUUCACAUAUUGUUGCAAUAGACAUACACUUAACCUCUGUUAAGAUCAUACAAGUGGUCGUGGGACUGUGCACUCCAGCCCUUCCCAUUUACAGCAGUUUUUCCUCCUCCUGUCUCCUUAACCACAAGGGUUAUAUUGAUAUGUUGGCAAUGGUGGCGACAGCUUUGCACUGGAGCUGGUGGGGCAAGGGGGACACGGUGUACCAAGAGACCAGCUAGCAGCAGGUGGAGCCACAGGUCACCCUAGGCAGAGCAUACUUGACUCCAGAGGCACACACAAGUGCAGUCAUACCUCCGGUUAAAUAUGCUUCAGGUUGAGCGUUUUCGGGUUACGCUCCGCGGCGACCGGGAAGUAACAGAACAUGUUAUUUCCAGGUUUCGCCACUCGCGCAUGCGCAGCCGCUCAAAAUGACCUCAUGCGCAGAAGCAGCAAAUCGCGACCCUCAGUCGCGGGGUGCGUUAUACUCAGGAUACGAACAGGGCUCCGGAACGGAUCCCGUUCGCAUCCAGAGGUACCACUGUAUGCACUUGACACAGACAACAGUGUUUAAGUGGUGGUGGAGUGGAAGAGAAAAACUAGGGACUGGGUGAUGAGAGAGAUGGUGAGACUAAAUUAGCAGUGGAGGGGUGAGCAGCGCUAGAUUUAGGGGUUGUGCGGGUGGUUCCCCCAAACUGGGCAUCAAGACGAAGGGGUGCAAUAAUAAUAAUAAUAAUAAUAAUAAUAAUAUGCCUAUAUUGAUUCAGGUACCUACUGGGAAGAACUCAAAAAAAGCAACUGUACCCAAAGGAAUUCUUGUGAAAAUAAGAAAUAUUUUCGAGGAGGGGGUACCAAAUUUUGUCCUUGGUUGGGGCGCCAUGUUACCAAAGUCUGCCACUGGGGAGGGCAAAGUGUCAAGGAGGUGGUAUGGGGCAGAAAUAGCAACACUGGGCAGUGGGCCAAGCUUUUCUGAGCUACGAGAAAGGAAAUCCGUGCCUUUUGGAUCUUUUCGGUUCUAUCCCCUCCCUUUGACUUGCCUAUUCCUCCUGCUGCUUUUGAGGCAGUCUUUUGGCUCUUUAACUGCAGCACCAGCAAUGUGAUUGGUUGAAAGCACCUUGAAUUAGUUCUGAUUGGGCCAGGGACACCAUUCUGAGUAAACAUGGGGUGGGGCUGGGGUGUGUGAAUAUUUUGAAUUGCUUGCAGUGGAUUGGUUGUGAGUGUUGGGUGAAACAAACCAGUUUAUGCAGAUUGCAGCGAAUACCUGUGCAUGUAACUGUGUCGUGUUUGGCUAGGAAAGAAGGCUGUUUUGAGGGCUGGUGGGUCUUGUCACCCAACCUGAAUACUUUUUUUUCUAUAGCAAUUUGCUUGCAGUGGGUGGGUGGGUGGGGAGCUGGUUUUUCCUCCUCCUGGAGAGUUACGGGGUUGGGCCAGGCCACAAAAAUGCAGAAAGCAGGAAAACAGGCAGGGGGAGAGGGAGGGGGAGAGUGGGAUCAAACUGUGCAGUGAAAGUGGAGGACUGGGGGCUGUUGGUGAUGACAGCUUCUUUUGCCCUUAUAUUGAUAAAAACCCUUACUGUCUUAAACUAAACCAGGGUUACUGCUUAAACAGGGUUCAAAACCACCUUUAAGUCUGGUUUCAAAUCCUGGCUAAUGUAUACAGUGGUACCUCGGGUUACAUACCCUUCAGGUUACAUACACUUCAGGUUACAGACUCCGCUAACCCAGAAAUAGUGCUUCAGGUUAAGAACUUUGCUUCAGGAUGAGAACAGAAAUUGUGCUCUGGUGGCGCGGCGGCAGCGGGAGGCCCCAUUAGCUAAAGUGGUGCUUCAGGUUAAGAACGGACCUCCGGAACGAAUUAAGUACUUAACCCGAGGUACCACUGUAAUUCAGUUAAGAGGGGAGGGGAAAAUUUGCUUCCGAGAAGGCGGAAGACACAUAUGAUGCCUAAGGGCCAGGCCCUACGAUGAUUUAUUAAGCAUGGCUUAAUAUGUAUGCCUUAGUGCCCAGAGUAAAAAUGCAGAUAUUUCCCUUGUCUAGAAGAGCGACUGGUUGAUUGUGGGGGUUUUUUUAGGGGAUAGAAAUCCUGGUUGGGAGUUGUGAUAGGAAUUUUGAGGCCCAAAGAGCUACCUAAUAGGCCUGCCUAGUGGGAUUUGUAAUUUUAUUAUAUGAUAUGAUAUAUGGCUUGCUAUCAAAGAUCCCCAAUUUGGAAGCCGAAUAGGGCAUAAAAAAAUACCGUAGGGAUUUCUGCACACUUGGUGGACUCUUUCCCCAAGUGUUUUGUAAAUUAAAAGGAGGAGGACGGGAAGGGGAGGAAAGAAAGGGUCCCUGCAUUGCAGGUGGUCCAUUCCAGCUCUACAAAUCUAUGAUGCUUAAGUGACCUGCUUAGGCUGCUAACUUCUCCUGGUCUCCACAAGGUGAGUAGAGUGCCAAUGGGAUGUACAGUGGUACCUCGGGUUACAUACACUUCAUGUUACAUACGCUUCAGGUUACAGACUCCGCUAACCCAGAAAUAGUACCUCAGGUUAAGAACUUUGCUUCAGGAUGAGAACAGAAGUCAUGCUCUGGCGGCGCGGCGGCAGUGGUGCUUCAGGUUAAGAACAGUUUCAGUUUAAGAACGGACCUCCAGAACAAAUUAAGUACUUAACCCAAGGUACCACUGUAUAUCACAGGGUUUAAAACCUCCUCCUCUCUACUUUCUUACACUCCAGAAACUUCCACCCCACUCCACUGGGCUGGGGAAAGUAUUCUGAAGAAUGUUGUGGGAAAGGGGUCUUUUUCUUUUCUUCCUUCUCACCGGCCUGUUCCAAGACCUGAAUAUCAUUCAUUGCAAGGCUCCCUUUCCAGGUGGUCUGAGUCCUUGAACAGAAGCACUCCUGUUACGGGCUGGGUGUUAUUCCCUUGAAGUCACUGCAGCUAGAUUGUGCACAUCUCCUAUGUUUUUGUCCUUAUUUUAUUAUUAUUAUUGGGAAAAGUUGAGUCUUAAAAAAAGCUGCUCUUUCGCUUCUGCUUGGAAAGGAAAGACUGUCAUGCCAUUAUAUAUACCUCACUUGUUUUCAGAAGCCUGCUCUUUCUUCUUGCUCAACUUUGUGUCUCUGUUUCUCUGAAAGAAGUCGCUGAGACAGGAAGGCAGAUAAGGGUCUGCUCUGAUAAGAGAGCACAUUGUCCCAUGGCAGGAGGCACUCAGUGAAGUUUAGUUAGAUGUAAAAAUGGGGGCAAUGGCUUGUUUUAGUGGAAACUGCUAAAUCAUAGUAGAAUUAAUAACUAGUAUAGCUAGGCAUCUGAGUCUGACUGUAUUACAACUUUAUUACAUUUUUUACCAUACCAUUCCUGUAUAUGGCUAGCAGAUUUGUAUUCGUAAGGCUAAAAGUUGUUCCACAUUAAAUAGAAUACAGGCUUGUGGGGUCUUCGUGAAACCUUUUCCUGUUGCAGACUAAAGUCCUCUGUGAUUUCCUGCUUUUUCUCCCAAUUUCUCAGAUUUUAUUUUUUGUGCCUGCAAUUUAUGCUGGGUAUAUUAAUCAACCAAAACUUUAGUUGAUUCAUCAGUCAGAGCCAAACAUAAUCAGUAGGGCCAAUCCACUGAGGAACACGUUCAUAUUUUGUGAGUCUUCUUUUGCUACUGGUGUGGAAAAGAAAUUCUAAUAGCUUUUCUAUCUAACAUGGUAGCUUUUGCUUGUUGUUACGACUUUGUUAAGUAGCUUGCAAAGGCAUAUAUUCUGUGGUUUUGGUAAUAUGAAGAGUUGUUUAAAUUUCUUUCAUCUAUUAACCAGUCAUUCAGUGGCAAUUUUCUUUUUGUUAGUGUUGUUGAUUGACAACCCUAUUUCCCUCAUCAUAGACCCUGUUAUUUUUCUCUUCAUUUCCACCCUGUACUAAUUCAAUAACUAUUUGAUACAAAUGUGAAGUUUAAUAUAGUUAACUGUUAAGAUUUGGGUGAAAACAGUGGCAUCGUAGCACGUGCUGAAGACCCAAGUUACAAAGAAAAGGCAAAUGUUUUCUUUUACCCGCUCUGUGCCCUUUUCCAAGAUACCCUGAAGAAUUUUAACCCAAAUCCUAUAUAUGGUGAACUGCUGGGUUUAGGUCAUAGAAUGUGUUUUUUUCUUAAGAAAAAUAUUGAAUUGAAAUGGAAUAGAAUGGUCUGGUGCUAAAAGGACCUUUAAAAACAACACCACCUCUCUUGUGUGAUUUCUGACUCGUUAAAGUUUAUAUAUUAAUCCUCCAGAGACAGUAGUAGUUCUAGUUGUAAGAUUGUGCUUUCUCAACUAACUUGACACUAAUAUCCUUGGGUAGGAUUAGUUGGAAUCCUAACCUGUUUUUCCUCUUUGUCUGAUUUCUAUGGGGCCAUUUCUGGACACCAAAUAGGCAGGGGGGAGUGUGCAGGCACUGCCUUCUCUCAGCUGAGGAGGAAAAAACAUAAUUGUGGUCUAACCUCUGAAGAUACAGCGCAGUUUUAAAAAUAUUUAUUCAUAAAUACAUCCUACUGAUUUCACUGGGACUUAGGGUGCUUCUACACAAGGUGUUUAUUUCAGUUCUGUGUCCACUCAUUUAUAAAAUCGCUGUUCUCCCAUGGUCUUCCGUUUCUUUGGAAUCCCUCCCCCCCCCAAAAAAAGUUUACUUUUUAAAGUUUACUUUCUUUAAGGGGUGGAACAGAAGAAGCACAGUCUCUGCAAGUGUAGAUCGUAGCACCAUUCUUCAUUCUUUGCAGAAAGAGGUGGUUUCAACAAGUGCAGUGACCCAGAAUUGCAGAGCCUAGGUAGCUCUGGAAGUCGUCAUUCUGGAAGCACUCUUACUUCCUGGCACACCUUCUUGGAAUUGUAGCCAUAGAGUCACAGAAUCAUAGAGUUGGAAGAGACCACAAGGGCCAUCGAGUCCAACCCCCUGCCAAGCAGGAAACACCAUCAGAGCACUCCUGACAUGUGGUUGUCAAGCCUCUGCUUAAAGACCUCCAAAGAAGGAGACUCCACCACACUCCUUGGCAGCAAAUUCCACUGUCGAACAGCUCUUACUGUCAGGAAGUUCUUCCUAAUGUUUAGGUGGAAUCUUCUUUCUUGUAGCCUUAGAGAUAUAAGAAACCAGAGAUAGUGGAAGCAGAUGUUAGAAGUUUUGAAACUUCAGAAGAGUUUAGGAAGCCCAAAUUAAGUUCUUCCAUCAGCACUUGGGGCACAAGUUUUUAAAAGAAGAAGAAGAAGAAGAGUUUGGAUUUGAUAUCCCGCCUUUCACUCCCUUUAAGGCAGGGGUCUGCAACCUUUAAGACAAAAAGAGCCACUUGGACCCGUUUCCGAAGGAAAAAAAACUGGGCGCCGCAAAACCAUUGAGACGUUUAAAACAAAUAUAUCUCCGGAGCCGGGCGGGAAGGUGACGUCGGGACGGUGCGUGACUAACACACGCACCGCCCCCAUGCGACGUCACAGCCAGUACAGCGCCCGCCACAGUGGGGAGUGUCGGGGUGCACAAUGCGCCUCCUCCCCUCGCUAGUAUCCGCCCCGGAGCUGCGGCAAAGGUGUAAAAGAGCCACAUGCAGCUCCGGAGCCGCGGGUUGCAGACCCCUGCUUUAAGGAGUCUCAAAGCGGCUAACAUUCUCCUUUCCCUUCCUCCCCCACAACAAACACUCUGUGAGGUGAGUGGGGCUGAGAGACUUCAAAGAAGUGUGACUAGCCUAAGGUCACCCAGCAGCUGCAUGUGGAGGAGCAGAGACGCGAACCCGGUUCCCCAGAUUACGAGUCUAUCGCUCUUAACCACUACACCACACUGGCUCUCAAAAAACCAUAAGUGGAACCUCCCAGCACCAUUGGAAGAUAUUUUCUUUAUCCCUGCUUACAUGUGGAAAUGCCGAUUAAGGCGAGUUUUUCAGCAUUCCUCUUCCACAUAGUAUGGGCCAAGCCAUGAAUGGUGAACAGCCUUGAAAUGUGUAGAUGCUGGAUCUCUGCGCUCUAUUCUGCUAUGUCUGGCUUCUUUCCUAGAAGCAGCCUCUGCCACAUAUUUACCAAGAUUGUGUCUCCUUGUGGUUGUCCUGAAUUUUCUUCCCGUGUGUAGCAGAACAUUUACAAUGCUACUAAAUAAGCCUGAUCAGAGCAUUUAAAGGUUUUGUGCAUUUAGAGACCAUCAGCAUUUUUGAUGAGUGUAUAAUUUCUAGAACAAAUUGAAGAAGAAAAGGAAGAGUCUUCUGGCAUCUUAAAGGCUAACCACUUUGCUAUGGAAUAUGUCUUCAUGACUAUUGUCCUCUUCAUCAGAUUUAUGAAGUGUUACCCAGAUUUAAAGAGGGAGAGACUUGCAACCAGACAGAUCAGAAGGAAAUGAAAGGGAUAACUGUGUUAUUAAUGCUGGUCAUUCAUAUUUGUUGAUGAGUCGGACGUGUUGGGUUGGGGGUCUUUCCUGGAGGGUUUUGUUGGCAGGGGGUCGUUGCUGUUGGCUGUUUUGUAUCUUUAUUUUAGAUCUUGUGAUGAUUUAUGCAGAAAUGGUUGAGUUGGGUUGUGUAUUUUUUUAACGUUUAUUUCUUGCUAAUGACUGCUUUUGUUAUGUUGCAGUUAUGUGUUUUUUCUCUCCAUUCUGUAAGCCGCCUUGAACAUGGAACUGUGGAAAGACAGCAUAGAAAUAAAAUUAUGUUUUUGUGUUGGCAUUGGUAGGCCACUUAAUACUUGGGAGUGUAAUUAAAAACAUAUAUAGUGCCAGUUCAGUCCACAUGUGAUGGCACUGAACCUCUUGAUGUAUUGUAAUCCAGCAAUUUCACGAUGCGUUUUGAAGUUUCUUGGUUUCCAAUGUGGUCAACUUAAGAUCACAGUGUCCUGGGAGGCUGAAAUAACCUCCCACUGGUUUCUCAAUAUUUCCAUUUUUCAUGCUGGAUUUGUGUCCAUCUGUUCUUUUGCGUAGAGACUUGUCUGCUUGUCCAAUGUGUAAUGCAAAAGGUGCUCUCAGCAGGUGAUUGUAUAUUUCACACUGGAAUAUUCACAGGCAAAUGGACUCCUGAUGAUGUGGACGACAUGAUUAGGUCCUGUAAUAAAUAAUGUUGCCUAAGUAGACUUGGUGUAGGGCUGGCAUCUGUGUCGACCAAAUUGUGUUGUAGUCAACUAAACUACAGCAAAAUAACACAGCAUUAGGACAGCAUAAAACCUAAGGGAGCGUAUUUUUUUUCUGCAAAGAGACACACCCCACUCUAACAAGCCGUAAAACCAAAAGCUGUUGCAAAAAGGUUCUUCAACAUCUGCAGAUAUUGUAUAGACAAGGAGGGAGAAAGCCCUCUAACCUCUCAGGGCAGGGAGUUGCAGAUACAGGGGGCUACCACGGAAAAGGCCCUGUUUUGUGUUGUGCUGCUAGAAGGCAGCAGCCCCCAUAAAGUCCCCCCUCUACAGAUCUUAAAGGAUGGGUAGAUGCAUUUGGGAGAAAGCAAGACUUUCAGGUAGCUUGGAGCCAAGCUGAUCCAUGCAGGAAGAAACAAAUAGAGUCUUGAUGAGGCAAAAUAGGGGGGAUUAUUGAGUUGUCUUUGUCUCAGUUGUGUAUUUUGUGUUUUGUAUAUUGUCGUUUUAUGUUGUGUACCACCCUGAGAACUAUGGGUAUAGGAUGUUAUAUAAAUAGCAACAACAACAUGAAAAUAUGUCUGGAGCAUUUUAACAGUGCAAUCCUAAACCGGACUCCUCAGGAGUAAAUUCCAUUUGAGUCCAACUCUCCAUUGAAAUUAAUGAGACAUAACACAUCUUGUUGAAAUCUGUGCUGUUGAAAUCAAUAGGAUCAAGAGUCAGAGCAUGCCCCAAAGUACUUAACUUUGCCUGGGUCGUGUCCUGACUCCGUCGGAAGAUUAAUCUUUUUUAAAUCAAGUGCAUAAAUUAUAUUUCCCUUAUCCAGGUUCCUUGGCACACGCUUGUGCUCUCUCUUUUCUAGUAGGUUACAGUUCCAGGAAGUGCCUUAGAAGUUUGCUUGGACUUUUAACUGUGCACCUGUCCUUAUUUGCAUGGAGAAAUCAAUUGCUUCACUAGCCUCACCGAAGGACAGGGUGUGAGCGAAAAUUUUAUCAAAGUGUGUCCUGUUUGGACAAGUCGAGUUGCCUUGGCAAAGGUCCAGAGGGUGGAGCAGCUGGGAGGAGGCUGGAAAAUAAAACUGUGUGGCUUGUUAACACACACACACACACACACACACACGAAUGUUUGCUUACCGCAUCAUUGCUAGUUAUGUAGUUUCAUAUUACAUAUAGCCUACAUACUUCUACCUAUAUAAAAUAUUUAAAGCAAAAUUAGCUCGUCCAAUUUGUAGAAAUUAAGCACCUCCUCUGAAGUGGUGGCCUAGAUAGUUAAAGGUGGUUGUUGUGGCCGCUUUUUCUUCCCACAAUUAAAAUAUAUAUAUAGUAGCUUGCAAAAUAUGCCAUAUAUGAAUUCUGCAAAUUGACACAUUACAACUGGACGCUAUACUCAGAAUAUCCUUAAUGUAGUUCCUUAAUUUAUCUUCUUUCUGACUUGUUCCUCCUCUUUGGUUCCUCUUCUUUGGUGGAACAGUGGUAAAACUCCACUGUUUUACCAGAUAACUAUCCCUAAAAUAUUCAACAUUUUUGUCCUCCUUGGUACAGUUCAGUUAUUUAUAUAGUUCCCUUGUUCAGUUACUUAGAUCUCAUUUUAAAAAAAAAUACUUUUUGUGAAUUGGGGCAUUUUAUCAGUACUGUUGUCAAUAACAAUACAUCUCUCAUUCUUCAGUCUCCCAUGUUCCUACAGUUUUUUGUCUCAAUAGCUGCUGUAUUUGCUUUCGAAGUUCAUGGAAGGUUCCAUCUAGUACCUCAAUAGGAAGUAGAUUCUAGACCUCAGAUGGUGGUUCUGGUAAAUAUGGGAUUGGAAAGGGAAGAGUUGUAAGAUUUACUCCUUACCUCUGUCUUGGAAAGACAAUUAUGAGCACUGAUAGCUGGCUUGAAACCACCAAAUAAGCGUUUAGGAAUGUUUUUCCACGUCGGCCAUAAUGAGUUAGAGCUCUUAAUAUUUCUGACGUAUGCAAGGAAUCUACUUGGCCUGGCCUGAACCAAACAUUUUCUGCUUACCAUUGGUGAAAAACACAACCCAUGUAAGAAUCUCAUGUUUUGCCAAUAGCCUCCACAUGAUUCCUACCAAAACUUGGAGAAAUGUGUGAAUUGGCGUUCCAUGGGUAUAAAUAAUCACUGCUAAGACCCCUUUUUUGUAUCAGCCAGCCCUAAGUCUGUAGAAUGCACUGCAUUACUAAAAGCAGAAACUGAAACUGAAGAAAAGUCGCAGUCCUCCUCCUUGUAUAGCUCAGGUGGUUAAACUUUUCAACAGACGACGGAAGUGCAAAAGUUCAAGCCACUCUUAGAGGCUGAAACUUCACAAGUCUGUUCAUCAAAGAAUUUCAUCUACCUAGCAAAACCGUAAGCUAUAGGCAAGGGUUAUAUUUAAAGCACUAUCAUUGUGGGUGAGCGGAUAUGACUUGAUGGAGCAUGACUUUUUUCUUACACAGGGAGGGGAGAAUUAGUGACACAGCACAUGCGUUGCAUGUUUUAAGGUCCUAGCAUCUGGUACCUUAAGGGAAAAGCGUUUGGGGUUAGAGCACCGGGGAAAUCCUCUGCUUGAGAUCUUGAGUCAGGAUCUGCAGUACUAUAAAUAAUUGUGUCUUGAUCCUUAGGCUGAAUCCAUUGCUCUGCAUAUUGUCUAGGACAGGGUUGGCUCAGUAAGCUGGGGCUGCAGCAAAAAAAAAUAUUGUGAAUUACAAUGCUGCAGAUGGCACUGCGUUUAAUCAGUUUUGCCUGUAAUUUUUCAUAAGACGUCAUGUGCUCCAUAGUUGCAACCUUAAAUUGCUUGAUCAGGCAAAACUUAAAGGUGAUAAUGAAAUUUCUGCAUUCAUGUCCGCCUAACCUGAAAUUGGCCAUGGAUAGCACAAUGCCUGUCCUAAGUGAGCUCUCAUUCCAAAUGAACGUGAAAGAUAAUAAUAGGUUUUCCUUUCAAGGCAAUUGGCAAACCUGUCUCAGUGUACACCAGAAAAUUUUACCGCCUCCCUUUGUCUACCAGCUCCUGCCAAAGGGUCCUUGGAAGAGGAGUUUAGGAAUAAUCUGAUUGAAAUUAAUUGCUUUUGUGUUAUCCUCUUUAUUCUUGUUUUGUUUUAUUUUAUAUAUUUGUAAUGCCACCCUAUACCCACAGGUCUCAGGGCAGUUACAACAUAAAAUCACAGUAUAAGAACACAAAAUAUCUUGUGGCAUUUUAUGUUAUAAUUGUUCUCUCUUCCUUAGGUGGUGGUUUGGGGUUUUUUUAAAACCCAAAGCAGUUAUGGGAUUGACUCAGUGUUUUACCAGUGUUCACUAUGUUCUGGUUUCCAGAGGUGUUGUGUGAUUCACCAUUUGUAUCGUUUCCUUUGGAACCUCUGUCUACCUUGAAAAGGCUCCCUUUGAUUCAUUGGGCAAAAUACAGAGAGAAUUUCAAAAAACGACUUGUUGAAUUCUAUGCUUGCAGUGAAAUCUACCGCAAUACACAAUGGAUUAUUCUUUGUUGCAUAUUUUUAGCGCCACCUAUGGAUGCAAACAAACAGUGUCGCGCUUAAGAACUUGCAUAUUAUUUAGGACAGGAUUAAGUAAGGUAUUGAGUGUAUUGUUCAGCACUUGAGGCCGAACCACCUGCAACAUUAUGCAGAUGGGGGGGGGUUAUAUGUAAUGUUCAUAUGAGUUUAAAGAUAACCUUUUGACAUUUCAAAAAAUUGUUUCCUUAGUGCUUAUUCACACGAUUCUGCAAGACUUAAGUCUGGCAAUGUGCUUUUUCUAAAAAAUAAAAAUUUAAGAUGGCAAACUUUAUUUAGAUGCUAACAAAAGCUUAUGGGGCACAAAAAAUAUCCUGAAUGGGGGGGCUAUAGAUCCCAUGCAUGGCUGACAUAACUCAAUCUCCGCCACUGCAAUUUGGGAAUAAUAAUGAUAUAUCUUAUUUGCACUGGAAGGGUAAUUUAAAAAAUGCAGUGGAAGGGUAAUUUAAAAAAUGUUUACAAACCAUAGAAAGUAAAUUAGUUUGUGAUCUAAACUCAGGCCCUAUCUUUGCUGCUGUAUUUUAUUUUUGGUGGAUGUACUGCUCUCCAAUUGCAUCUACACUAAAAUCCUGGCUAUCUGACCUUUUUUUUCUAUGGGACAGCAAUCACCAAAGAAAAGACUUAAAAGAAGUUCCUUCUCUAGGCAGCAGUUGUGUCGCUGUUAAGCUGCCACCUCUCAUGCUUUACUGAACUGUCUUAAUGGCCCUAUCUAUUUAACACAGGGGCAGAUUUUGGCCAGUUUCCACUGGGUGCCAACACUAGAGGGCAUUGCAGGACUUUGCAACUAUAACUGAAAGGUGGGGAGGCAUCCAAUUUUGGCCUUGCACAGGGCGCCACUGAAAUUUUAAAGACCAAAGUCCGCCACUGAUUUAACAAGUCACAUGUUGAGUAUAAAAAUGCAUAGCAAGUCUGCUACUUCUCGUGUCUUUGAAAUAAGUGGCCAUACUGUCUGCCCUCUUUAAAUAUUUCAUUGGUCCAAUACGUAAAAAAAUUCUGCUCCAUCCAUAACAUUAUUUCUUUAACUCCUGUUGUUUUAAUGCUUUUCCUGUUGACUCUUGGAAAGUUUGGCAACUGUUGAUGAUAUUUAAUACAAGCAAUUUUAUUUUUAUAAUUAGCUUGAGAUGGGCGACGUAUAAUAUUAAGAGCAGGUUUCCCCCUGUUGAGGGCAGUGUUAGGCUCUUUACAGUUGCUACGAGCACAAUUACUGAGUUCUACUUAAUAAAAGCUUUCCUUUUGAGAAAUAAUUUUGCCAUCAAUUCUGAAGCUUGAUUUAGCUCUCGUUUUGCUGAUCCUUUCCUAAUUAGUUCCCGCUAUUGUAACAUGAGAGGGAAUUUCUUCCUUUCCAGAAAUAACGGUCACUGUAUUCUAUCGGAAUACAACUGUUUUGCGUGCUCUGAGCUACAGGAAUGUGAAUUGGAAAUGAUACAGAAUUCGUAAGAUUUGUUACCCAGAGCUUAGGCAAUGCCAACUGGGACUUGUUAUUUGAGGGCCCGUCCUAACAAUUAAAGGGGAAUUAACAUUGGUUUUGGGGAGCAGGGAGGAUUACUAGUACUUACCUUUAAUCGUAAAAUUUGGUGUGUAUCCCUCAGUUCUAUUCUGGAAUACUGAGAUUGUCCCACAGGAAUCAAGUGAAACUGUCUUGUUUACAUCUUACAGCCUGUAUCUCAUGCCAAAUAGUUAAAUGAUUUCAGCUUUGACUCCUUUGAGCUAUGUCAGUUAUUGCUUCCGUGGUACAUUUCAGUCAUCCUUACAAAGCACUGUUCAUGCCCAUUUUACCUUUGGAAAUUGAGGCCCAGAGCUCUCCCAGUGAGUUCACAGCUCAUGCAGAGCCUAGAAUCGAAGUUCCAACAGGAGGUCUUAUCAUCUAACCCCUGGUUUAAACUGCCUCUUAGGUGGUAUUAGAAAUCAGUUCCAGACUUUAGGAUAAAUGUCGACAGAUGCAAAGGCUUUCCAGCUGACAUAACAGCAUGUGAAGGAACUGUACAGGAUUUCCCCCAUAAACAAGGUGUGUUACUUUAAGACCUCAUUGCGGACACCGAACAUGUGAGCAGGACAUCUGUGUGAUUAAUGCAUUCUCUUCUGUGGAGGAAAGAGAACCAAGAGUGUUUGGUUAUUUGUAGCUGCUGCUUGUGCUAAUUAUUCUGAAUUAAAUCUGGAUAAAAACAUCAAAGUAGUUCAACAUCUGGCAGUGGGGUUCAUAUAAGCCAUGGGUAGGCAAACUAAGGCCUGGGGGCCAGAUCCGGCCCAAUCGCCUUCUAAAACUGGCCUGCAGACAGUCUGGGAAUCAGUGUGUUUCUACAUGAGUAGAAUGUGUCCUUGUAUUUAAAAUGCAUCUCUGGGUUAUUUGUGGGGCGCAGGAAUUCGUUCUUUUUCCCCCCUUCAAAAUAUAGUCCGGUCCCCCACAAGUUCUGAGGGACAGUGGACCAGCCCCCUGCUGAAAAAGUUUGCUGACCCCUUAUAAUAGGACUCUUAUUUUUUCUAGCAGCUUUUAAAAAAUAAAACAAGUUUUUGUAUUUGUAGGGCUUGACAACAUAUUUCCUAUUGUAACAUAGACGUGGGUUUUUUUUUAAGAGGUAGAUAUUUGCUUUUAAGCCAAAAAGUAGUACUCCUGAUAGCAUAAAUGCAAAGGGAUUUCCUGAAGUUUUGAGACAGUAUCGCACAACUUCAUACAUUGUGUUGCCCUAAGAGUUUCUGAGGAUAAGCUGCGAAGUUCCUCGUGACAAACUUACUAGGUGGUCUUAGGCAUGCCAUUAUUAGCUUCUUGCGGGCACCCGCAAUGGCUACAUGGAGAUGAGAAUGCAAUUUUAAAAGUAUAGAGCAGGCAUAGGCAACCUUUGGCCCUCCAGAUGUUUUGGCCUACAACUCCCAUGAUCCCUAGCUAACAGGACCAGUGGUCAGGGAUGAUGGGAAUUGUAGUACAAAACAUCUGGAGGGCCAAAGGUUGCCUAUGCCUGGUAUAGAGCUAUUCUAAGGAUUAUGGAGAUAAUACGGUGUUUUGCAUGCGUUACUUGCAUGCAGGCCUUGCCCAAGCACAGUUGAGAGGGGACUCACACUUCUACCCCUGCUCCCAAUGUUGGGUUGUUUUCUCCAAUAGCAAUAAGCUGUGCCCAUUUGUUUGCAUGCCGUACAUGCAAUUAACUCCUAUGCACAGUAAUGUAAAAUAUGUUCACUUAAGAGCUGGGUAUUCUACAGGUUUCUCGUGCUUUGUUUUUUCUCAAAACCCUCUCUUGCUUUCCCCCCUCGUGUUUCUAGAGUCCUGCACAACAAUAUAAGUAAAGCUGACUAAGAAGAUGCUAAUGUUUGACCCUGUCCCCAUCAAACAAGAAGCAAUGGAACCCGUUCCAGUGGUUAGUAUUUAAACAUUUUUUAAACGUUUCUGUUGUCAUGGGUUAUAUUCUAGUCAUGCUGUGCUGAAACCUACCCCCUGCCCCCAAUUUCACAAGUCGUUUCUUUCCUUGCAAACAAGGCUCCUAUUUUGUUUUGGUUUUUUACUCCUUCAUAACCAGGGGCCAUUUGAAUUUCUUCAGAAUUUUGGUGGGCGUUCAGCUUUAAUCAUCACAAGGUGGGCAGGAGUUGUAUGUGCAUUUCUUUCCAUUAAACCGCGCUCUGCAUCCUUCUUAGCUGUCGGCACCUCCUGCGGCAGUAGUUACCUCACAGCAUGCUCCCCUGAACUUUAAUUGAAUUGCAGAGUUAGGUUGUGAGGGCCUGUGAUCCAUGUGCUUUCUGAUUUUCUAUUUAAGAAAGAAGGACCUUCCUUUUAGCUUGACAGAAUCUUUCUGCACCAGAUUCUUUCAAAGUGAAAAAGACCACACACACACACACACACACACACACACACACACAUGAACAGGUGUCAGGUGCAUAGUAGGCUGCUUCCUACUUCUUACAGGAAAGCACACCUGAACCUAUGGGGAAGCUUUUUGGAAAUGCGGGCAUCCAGGAAAGUUGCAGAGUGCAAAAUCUCCAGAAGGAUCAUUUGUACAGGAGAAGAAAUGACACUUCCACAAACACCCCUGAGCUGCUUUUGAAGUAAAGUAAGCGCUGUGGGUUAAACCACAGAGCCUAGGACUUGCCGAUCAGAAGGACGGCGGUUCGAAUCCCCGCAAUGGGGCGAGCUACCGUUACUCGGUCCCUGCUCCUGCAAACCUAGCAGUUUGAAAGCACGUCAAAGUGCAAGUAGAUAAAUAGGUACCGCUCCGGCAGGAAGGUAAACGGCGUUUCCGUGCGCUGCUCUGGUUCGCCAGAAGUGGCUUAGUCAUGCUGGCCACAUGACCCGGAAGCUGUACACUGGCUCCCUCGGCCAAUAUAGUGAGAUGAGCGCCGCAACCCCAGAGUCGGCCACAACUGGACCUAAUGGUCAGGGGUCCCUUUACCUUUAAGCACAAAAAUAAAUCACUGCGCACCACCCAUGAGAGCCACUGACUAAUUAGGAUAGCCUCCUUUUCCCUGACCAAGGUGCUGUGUAUUUAACAGGCAAGAAUUCAGCAGGUUCAGUUUUCCUGCCUGGCGAUGCAGUGGUGCUGAACAUCAGCUGUUAAGGGCACGGGGGGGGGGGGGGGGCUCUGCAAGUGAAAAGUGGUGACUCGACAUUUAACAAGACCUGAGUCUUUUUAAGUCUUUCUCUUUCUGCGUUUGGUCCUGUUAGCCUUACUUGCAUUUCCCAUGUUUUCUCUUGCUGUUGAUGUUUGAGAUUUUCUGCCUGAGCUACACAGAGGUUGUAGGAGAGAAGGGAGCACCUUGGCAGUGUUCAAGGAAAUGAGCUUACGGUCUAGGAUGUUCUAGGGUGAGUCUGGUGCCAUAAGCCUGUUUGCUUUGUUUGCCUCUGUGUACUUGGAAAAUAGUCGCAAAGGGGAAAAUUUGAAUAGAGGAUUGUAUGUGAAGGCUUGCUGGUAAUGAGAAGCUUAUACAAUUAGAUCAUCUUUGUGUGUUUGGCUGCUGAUAUUCCUGCCAGCGGUUAUACAAGAUGUAAGGGUCACUUUGAAAUAAAGUUGUCAUGGAUAUUUGUAAUGUUUGUUAGAAAGUAUCCAAUAACAGUGUUCAGCUUUUGGUUCAAUUUUAAUUUUAAGAAACACUCUGCUUGUGGGGGACAUUUCCGAUAAAUGCUUCUUUACCUGGAUAUAUUUUAAUAAAUGCUUUCAUAAAGGAAGUUUUAAAACUUCUCCUUUAGUUAUCGCUGUUUUGGUCAAGAAAACUUAAGAACUGCCCUUUGGGAAAUGGAUGCAAUUGCCCUCCUAAGUAAUUAGUGUGGUUGAUUAUAGACCAAAGUACUUAUUGGUUGCUGUUCCAAAAGAUAACUGCUAUGUUUUCCUCAAAGUAGCUGUAGGCUUAUUUCUGCAGAGAGGCUGGAAGUAAUUUGCUAGAAAUAAGCGGGAAUCCAUCGGCAGAUAAUUAAAGGCUACCUCUGGCAUAACAUGUACACGAGGUUUAAUGCUACAACAAUGUAAUAACGUGUGCAUUACAUUGCAUGUUAGCAAGUGCAUCCUUGUCUUGUCAGCCCAUUUGUAGCAUCCUUAAAUUAAGUAGCCGGUGUUUUUUUUAAAGGGAUUUGCAGCCAAAUUGAUACAGAGUUUGAAAUUUCGGUGAUGUUUAGAGCAGCUCAGAGUCCAUGUGAUGUUGACUGCACUUUGUGACUUCUGGCCAAAAAAGUCACAAAAAGAGGGAUAAGCUUGCUUUGCAUCACUAGUGUACUGGUUUGUAAAUAAUGAUGGAUGAAGACCAAAGAGAGCAGUGGUAUUAACAGGGAAAGUUGGUCUUCUUCAAAGACUUCAUUGUAACACUCCCAUCUGUAGCUGAUAGCAUCAGUACCAGGGUGUAUCUCUAAAUUGGUCUUGGAUGUUAAGCGGAUUGCAGCAGUGAGGAUUUGGUGUGUGUGUGUGUGUGUGUGUGUGUGUGUGUGUGGUAGAGAGAGAAUGUGUUUGAGUGAGAAGAGGAAGUAAGAAGAGGUGAUGACUUUGUGAGGACAGGCUUCAGAUAUAAACAGGAGAGGGGUGUGUGUGUGUGUGUGUGUGUUAAGUUCAUGGUCGAAGUAGUGUAAAUGCAUUCAUACUGCUAGGAUAGCUCAGUCAGUAGAGCAUGCGACUCUGAAUCUCAGGAUUGUGGGUUCAAGCCCUACAUUGGGCUAAAGAUUCCUGCAUUGCAUGCGGUUUGGACCCUCAUGGACCCUUCUAGCUCCACAAUUCUAUGCUCCUGUGAUCUAUGGUUUUAUGAGUGACAAAUUUAUUUAUUUCAUUUCUGGAUGGCUUCUUAAACCAAACCUUGGCUUAGUGUGGCACGGCAGCAAAAGGGAUCAGGGAGGAACAGAGUGGGUGUAAAACCAGAAGCCUAUGCACUCAUGCCAGCAAAGUUUGACUUGGUGUGUUGGGAGAAACCAGACCAGUGUAGCUCCUGCAGUCCCCUUAAGCUUUGGAAGUGGGGGAAGGAAGAGAAUUUAAGGCGGCAAAGCGUGUGGUGUGUGGAAAGAAGUUCAAUAUUCUGCCUUUGGAAGGUGGAGUAAAACUACCCUCAUUUCCUCUUGCAAAUCUUACGAUUCUAAUCGAGAGCAUUGCGUUUGCUGCAGUAUUUGGCAAAAUUGUCACGCGGCCCAACAUUUUCUCCCGCUUAAAACUUGACGUUUUUGCACAAAGACAUGCUGGUGAGAGUGGAGCGCCACCAGUGUAUAUAACACAGUUUUUAGCACCAGGAAAAAGAAACGAAGUUGAGUUUUAGCAACGCCUUAAGGGUGCGGUUUUAAAAGGUUUACCACAAUCGCAUAAUGGCGGGACACACCCACAGCAUUUUGUCAUCUCUCUGGUGGACCAGGCAGUUUGGGAAUGGUGUUACUACAUACACACAUGAGUGAUAACUAUAUAGUAGAUAUGUAAUUACAGAGUCUCCUGAGCUCCACCCUGUUGUGACUACAUGUGAUGUGAAAUAGUUAAUGUGGUACUUGUUACCUUGGAGUAAACAGUGCCACUGAAGUUUCCAGAAAAGCACUUUGCUACACAAAUUAGCAGCAGAUGCUUUUGCUAUUAGAGUGUCCACUUUUGAGGCCUACAUUUGGUUUAAAGGAAGUUAGGGUACACUUGCUUUUUAAGUAAGUCGAAUACACAAAUCUCCCGCAGAAGAACAGGACUUACUGUCCAUUGAAGAAGACCUGCAUAAAUCUUCCUUUUGAGAGGAGAUUUGACGUGAGUUCUUAGUGAUGGUGAUUAUUAAUCACCACCCACUGUAUGCUACGUAGCAAGUUCUGUCAGAUUAACAGCUAAGUUGCCUCUUUACGAGAGCAUUCAUAUCUGGGCGGAGAUCACAAAAUGUGACUUGUUUAGCUGGACUUUGUCCUAGGUGUGGACGAGUGGAGAAGAAAUACGUCAACUCCCUGGUUAUUUGGAUUAUAUUGCUUUCCAACUUAUGCAUAUUUGAAAAGCAAUCUUGGUCAGGAUAGACCUGGAAAAAUCCCUGACACAUGACUGAUGUCUCAAAAUUGGAUGACACAUAUUAGACAGCCUUCAUCAAGAACAUUCUUGCCGGUAUUUCUGUAUCCUCAUGGAGCUUGCAUAUAGAAGUAGGAUUCAGAGAGAGAGAGACAAAGCACCCUGAAUAAUUGUUUGCUGUGCCAGAGAACAUUAAGUGACAUAUUUGAAUAGUCUUUCCCUUGAAGCGCUGCUCCUUUUAGCCAGAUACCCUUCUUCUCUUAUUAUAGAAAAGCUACUUGAAAAGUUGCAGAUGGCUAUAAACUGAGCACUUCGUGCUCCUUAUAGCCCAGGGUCUCCAAAUUAGAGAAUUGCUACUCAACAUCUAAUGGUGUUGCCUUGCAAUGUGUAUGUGGCCAUAUAACUUAAGCAGUAUUACACUUAUUUCAUCACUCAAUGGCUUGCAUGCCUAAAUUGAGCAUGUAUGCUGUCUCUUUGUGAUCUAUCUGAAAAACAGAGCACCCAAUUCUGAAGUUCAUCACAUCCAUUUUUUAUUUUUUUUAUUUUUUUGCUUAUCAAAAUCCAGGAGCUGGCAUUUAUUGGAAACAGUAUACUAGGCCACAGCAGCUGGUCUAAACAAGCAUCUUAUCUGUGAUAAAAAUAGCUUUUGUGUUCAGCAGUAGUUUGUUAACUACUUCAUACCUGUAGGUUGUUUUUGAAUAUUAAUUAAUCCAGUUUAUUUAUUUAUUUUGCUUGAUUUAUUUAUUUUGCUUGGUUUGAAUGAUCAAAUCCAGACUUAACCAGCUGUGCAGUUCUGUGUAGCUGCAAUGCAGCCUCUGUGCUGGUAGGGAGGCAAGCCAUGGUAAACCACAGCAAACUGAAAACAUGGUUAAUGGUUUCCAAAUCAGCCAAACUGUUAACCAUAGUUUCUGGUUCAGAUUCAUGCAGCAGGACACCUGGUUUGAUAGUAGCUUCCUGACAUCUUUUCCUGCUCACAUGAAGGGAGCAAAGGAGCGCUGCGUGGGGAUCAGUUUGUGGAGGUUAUACAUAGCUUGGCUAAUUAAGCCAGAAGUUAAUUAACUGAAUACAGCCAUUGUUUCCACAUACUAUUAGGAUAACUCGGGACUCUGCCUGGUAGGCUUAAGACGCAGUAUGCCAUGUAAUCGCUGUGAUCAUGCUGUUUCUAACUACGCUGUAUUAAAUGUAAAGCUUUCAAGUAAUAUAGCACAGCCAGAAAGAUAGUCUUCAUGCAGUGACUGGGUCAUACUUUUUUUUUUUUUUUUUGGCUCACUUGCUUUUAUUUAUUUUAUAAAUAUAAAGUUGCAGAAUAAACUCAAUUUAUUGAUAAUAAAUUAUUAGAAACCCCCCCACCAUUUCUUCUAAUAUGAAAACAUGCAAUCAGCCAAUUUAGCUUCACUGUUUUCCUGUCACAACGCAAACAACUUUAGAAUCUUCCAUGCAGCCAUUCAGACAACAUGAAAAUAUUAGGUACAACUCUGGACUGAGUGUGUGUGUGUGUGUGUGUGUGUGUGUAAAUAUACCAUAGGCAAAGCAUCAUUAACAUCCCGACAUACAGACAUGAACGUGCAAUCGCACACACACACACACACACACACACACACUUGUCCUAUAAACUCUACUAGUAAAGGUAAAUUGGUAAAACACCUUAAACUAUGUAUAGAAAGUUUACAGAUGCACCGUUACCCCUUGCAUUUCAUGACUUUUUGGCCCCACUAUGUUUAUAUAUAUAUAUAUAUAUUCCCUUUGUAUUCUGUUUUGCCUGCUACAUGCCUGGCAGGAGUUUAUGCUGCAAUGAAUAUGUUAGACUUCAAAUGGUCACAAAGUGAUGCUGUUGAGAGUAGCUUUCAGAUCGUGUGUGAAUAUUAUGUUGUUAGACAGAUGUCACUUGUUAACUUAAGUUUGUCCAUAGUGACAUGGUUUUGUUUGGUUAUUGCCUAAUGCCCAUUAAAGGGUUACAAAUUAUUUGUGUGGGGGUUUUCUUGUUUUAGGUAAUAACUAACCAGAUGUGUCCUAUCGCACUUCUCCUGUUUUUGCACUCUAGCUUUCCUUAUUUGCUAUGAUGUUCAUGAUCUUCUACUGGAAAUGUGCAGCUCAGUAGAAAUGUAGAAAAGAAGCCCUGUCAAAAUAAAUCAGCUUCUUCAGACUGGCACGAAAACAGCUGACUUGGGUGAAUUCUGUGCUAGCGUAGCUAAACACAAUGAAAAUUCUUUCUGUCAAGCUGAGAAACAGAGAGCAAGUUGAAUCCCUAGCAUAAUUUAAUAAUUUUGUGUUUUUUCUCCCUCAGCAGUUAGGUAUUUCCCACUGGAGUUUGUUUGUUUAAGCAUUCCAUGGUUGCCUUAACAUCUGAAGCAAACAGGACUUUAAAAAUUUAGCUUGCAAGCUACACAUGACCUGCAACCUUUAGAGGGGGGGAAACGUGCUACAUUAUAGCUCAACUAUAGUCCUGUGCUUUGGUUUGUACAUCCCAGACCAUCCUAAAAACGCCUGCCUACGAUACUGAAAUGAAUGGGUUUCUAUCCUACAAGCCACAUGCUUUUUGGUGGGGGCUAAGCACACAUGACUCUCUGCAGUUGUACAGAUUAUUGCAAUCACGUUUAAUGGGAAUAAUAAUAAUAAUAAUAAUAAUAAUAUAUUAUUUAUACCCCGCUCAUCUGGCUAGGCUUCCCCAGGCACUCUGGGGAAUAUCCCAACAGUAUAUUAAAAGCACGAUAAAAGAUCAAACAUUAAAAACUUCCCUAGACAGGGCUGCCUUCAAUGUCUUCUAAAAGUCAGGUGGUUGUUUAUUUCCUUGACAUCUGAUGGGAGGGUGCCACUACCGAAAAGGCCCUCUUCCUGGUUUCCUGUAGCCUCGCUUCUCGCAGUGAGGGAACUGCCAGAAGGCCCUCGGCACUGGACCUCAGUGUCCGGGCAGAACGAUGGGGGUGGAGACGCUCCUUCAGGUAUACUGGGCCGAGGCCAUUUAGGGCUUUAAAGGUCAGCACCAACACUUUGAAUUGUGCUCGGAAACGUGCUAGGAAGUAAGUUGCACUGAUUUCAAGGAAGUCCGCUUAGGAUCAACAACCUCAAUCAAAAUGGACGGAGGGCUGUUUUAAUUAGGGAGAGAAAAUGUGAUCUCUUAAAAGUCCGGUUACCAUCUUUCUAAAAGGCAUUCCUUGACAUGAACGGUUUUGAACUUCAAAAUUGGUGAAAUAAAUUAUUACGGGUGAGGUCCAACAGAGCCACUCUGUUAAUGGGGGGAGAGUUGCAAUCACAGACGGACAGCUUCUGUGAAUGCAGCUGUGCUUACCUGGAUGAAAGCUCCAUCAGUGAAUGGAGCAACAACAUUGUCUCCCAUCCUGUGUUUUUUUAAAACUUCUGUUCCGGUUGCACAUUUGAAAUCCAUUACCUGAUGUUCCAAUCCUAUAGCCAUGAAACAGUGCACUGAGUGUCUUGCAUUGAUGUAACUAAAGGUGUGUCUUCUCACUGGUGGGGCAAGUUCAUCUUGCCAUGUUGCCUGCCAAGGUGUGCUCCCAAUAUGUGCAACCCAAUUUUAAGCACAUAGGGUUGCAGUUACACAGCUGGCUACUGAGGUGCUUUAAAUGCCUUUUGGAUGCUGCGCUUGUCUCCGUUUCUGUCCCAGAUACCACACCCUGCCUCUUUUCAGUUCUCAGCUUCACAACAACUUAUGAUCAUGUAUGGUGAUUUUUUUUGUUUUUGUUUCUGCUAAUAAUGGCAUUCGACUGCUUGAUUAGUUUGCCACACUUGUUAUAGCACUGCAAAUGUUUGCUUUUGCAGUAGUUUAUAGUACCAGGUCACAAGACGCUGGAUUUCAGAAAUAUUAAUAUUAUUAUUAAAUUUAUGUGCCGCCCUUGCUUCCAAUGAAGUCUUAAGUAGCAAACUUUUUUUAAAAAAUAAUAACAACAAUUUAAACAUUCUGAAAUCAUUUCAGAACACUCAGAUACCCUCACAGUUGCUAAUUUAAAGUUUGUCGGGAACAGUAUAUUUCAGCCAUCAAACAGGAAUAUGUCUGUUUCAUGUGAGUGAAAAGCAUUCCAGGUAUCUUGAACUGCACUUGAUUGCAUGAUUAGACCCACCUCAAUGCAUUUGCCUACCUGUUACCACCACAGCAUUGCAGUUUUUGUUCUGCUAAUGGUAAUCCAAGAGUUUAAUUUGGCCUUAUUGUGGCAAUUUAAUCUUGUGCAAGCCCGACUGCACAAGCAACCCAAGCAGUGGUUUGAAGCAGCACAGAACUGGUGUGCAAUCCAAGAGGUGUGCCCCAGGAUCCCUUGCAAUAUUGCAGGGAGUGCUGGGGUGGACCUCUUGGAUUGCUUUGCUUGGGCCAACCCUGGGAGCUAGAUGCUUGGUGCUGUUUUAAUUAUGAGUGUCUCCCUAGUCAGUAUCCUUGAAUAAUUAUCAUAAUUCCCUUGCUUCAGUGUUCUUUUGGUUGUGACAGGCGUAAGAUUGCAAAUGAAAUAUUCUUGAUGGGGCAGAGGCACUGAAGUGUUGAGUCUGGAAAGAUUAUUGAGCAAAUAGUGCAAGUGGCUCUCGGCAGUGUUUGAAAUUAGCCUGGUACUUUUUGCGCCUGGCUUUUGACUACUUGCAACCAAGCGAGGAAGCCUGGGCACCAGUAUAGUGCCUGACAUCUGCACCAUCUGGGGAUCAUUGGAGUGUUUACAUACAGUAACACCCCCAUGCUGUAGAAUUCUAUCAGUUAUAUUUUUAUCUGCACAAUCGGAAUGGAUUUCUGGAACCAAAUGGCUUUUUCUGUGCAGCCUGAGCAGGAGCAGUCACCAUUAAGAAAAAGAGGUCUGAAUAGGCCAAUAUAUAUGUGGACUGUCCCUGGGAAAAGUGACUUUUCUUCUUUAUCAUCUGAACUAGCUAGAUGUUUAACUGAGAAUCAAUUAAUCAAGGGUGGUUCACAACAAGACCACAACAUGUAAAAUAAAACCAAAAGCAGCAACCCAUCAUUUGAAAAAUAAGACUUUAGAGUUGUCUUGUCCCCAGAUGGAAACUAAACAGUCCAUUUUGGUGACACUGCAACCUUGGUUUAAGGACCCAUUUGACACCUAGAAUAUAUACCUGAGUUUCUAACACUCCUCUCCAGAUGUUGUUGGACUCCAACUCCCAUCAGCCUCAGCCAGCAUGGCCAGUGGUCAUAGGUGAUGGGAGUUGUGGUCCUCUGCAGAUGUUGAAAGGUCUCAAUUAAGUUACUUCCACAGGGAUGUUGUGGUUUCAUGUAACAUAUUUACAUGCAGUUAUGCAGUGGAAUACAUUUAUGUUGAAGAAAUUCUGUUACUGCAAACAGUAAAGGUAAAGGGACCCCUGACCAUUAGGUCCAGUCGUGACCGACUCUGGGGUUGCGCACUCAUCUCGCUUUAUAGGCCGAGGGAGCCGGCGUUUGUCCACAGACAGCUUCCGGGUCAUGUGGCCAGCAUGACUAAGCCACUUCUGGCGAACCAGAGCAGCGCACGGAAAUGCUGUUUACCUUCCCGCCAAAGCGGUCCCUAUUUAUCUACUUGCACUUUGACGUGCUUUCAAACUGCUAGGUUGGCAGGAGCAGGGACUGAGCAAUGGGAGCUCACCCCGUCGCGGGGAUUCGAACCGCCGACCUUCUGAUCGGCAAGUCCUAGACUCUGUGGUUUAACCCACAGCGCCACCCGCAAACAGUAGAAUAGAACAAAAAUAAGCAGCAUAGGGGCCAUGUCCAGUUGGCUUUCCUCCCAAGCACAGUAGCCUUCCUCUUCUGCUCUACAACAAAGUGUUGAUGGGCCCAGUGGUUCCAGGAAAACGUGGCAAACCUUUCCCAGGACUGUCCUUGUCUUGUGGUUGAUGUCUUCACAUUAGAAUUAGAAUCUGAGCUGGCUGAGUCCACAACCUGGUAGCCAGGCCUGACUUGACAUAUCCACCAAAAGGUACAGAAUUAAUCCUACCAGAUCAACUUUGAUUACAGAAGAUUCUGAUACAUAAUUAAAAUAUACAGUGGUACCUCGGGUUACAUACGCUUCAGGUUACAUACGCUUCAGGUUACAGACUCCGCUAACCCAGAAAUAGUGCUUCAGGUUAAGAACCUUGCUUCAGGAUGAGAACAGAAAUCGCAGCAGGAGGCCCCAUUAGCUAAAGUGGUGCUUCAGGUUAAGAACAGUUUCAGGUUAAGUACGGACCUCCGGAACGAAUUCAGGUUAAAGUAUCACAGAGAUGAUCCCUUAUUUAACAAAGCAUAUUUUGUGUCCUGGAUUCCAUUUCACCUAUUUCUUCCCCUCUUUUGCCCAGUCGUUCAGCUCCAGUUACAUGGACCAAAUGAACCACAACAAGUACGGUGUCAUUUAUUCGACGCCAAACAUGAUGCCCAGUAAAAUCUACCAGAUUUCGGAAGGGUUUUGCAACGGAGUGCAAGUUGAGCCUGUCGACCUCACAGUGAAGCGGAGCUCGCCUCCUUCAUCAGGAAGUUCUCCUUCUCCUUCGCCCCUGAAAUUCCAGCCCAGGAGAGGCUCACCUGGAUUAAAUCUGCCCUCACCCAGCCCACCAAUGAAGAAACUGCAGCCUUUCACGAUGCCAUUAACUAUUCCUCCGGUAAUGGCAGCUCUUUCUCGCCAUGGACUUCGAAGCCCUGGGAUGCUUCCAGUUAUACAGCCCGUCGUAGUGCAGCCUGUCCCUUUUAUGUAUGCUCCUCCCCUUCAGCAUCCUAUUAUGGUGUCCACGGUCCUUUCAGAAGAGUUGGAAAACCCAAGUAGCAUGCCAGGUAAAGGUUCUGGUUUUGGUGGACUUCCCCAUCCCAUUUUUUAUUUUUUAAAAGAUAAAUUCAAAAGGGACCUGGUGUUCUUCUGCUUAAAGUCAUGCCACAUCUAUCGUGACAUAACUGCUUCUGUUUAUCCUUUUACAAUGGGAUACGGAAGAUAAGUGUUUUCAACUAAGAGCAGGCAAAGUAGAUUCCUACUUCGUGGACCAGGCAUUUAACUCUCUGCAUAAUCUGCGUCACAGUUUUUGUGACAAUAAAGGGGGACGGAAAGGCAGAAACAAGGGAUGCUGUCCUGAUUAGGGCUGGGUGAUAAAUCAAUAUAUCGUCCAAAACUGAAGUCCAUAUCGUGAUACUGGUUUCAUACUGUUUGACCUGGCAAUAUAUUGUGAAUCAUGAUGGAUGUGUGUCUGCUAUGCAAAAAACAGGAUGCGGGGAAAACCGUGAAGCCAGCCAAUGCCUAGCUCCAUCCUUAUUUCAGACAUCGUGAUACAUCGGUAUAUUGUGCUGUUUAGCUGGUGAUAUAUCACGAUGUUGAAAACCAUGUAUCAUCCAGCCCUAGUCCUGACCUCCUUGGAGGAAGCAAGGGCAGUAAAAAAUGCAAUAAGUAACAGUGUUUCGAAUGCAGAACUUACCAACCUACAAAAUAUAUUCAGCAGUUGACUAUCUUCCCAGGAAUAUCUUAUGUUAGUUACACGCGGCAUGGAGAAGAUGGGAAAAUGUGUUUAUUUGCUAUGUUUGUUUUUCUUGUAGUGUCUGUUAUAGAAUCUUACGAGAAGCAAGCCCUAAGGAAAUCUAUUAAGGUGGAACCAGGCAUGGAAUCUCCUAGGAAUGACUACUAUCCUGAACAAAUGUCCCCUCCACUGAUGACCUCAUUGUCGCCUCCUCAAGCAAUGCUUCAAGAGUAAGUACCUAACUGGAGUCUUAUACUACCUCGUUUAAGCACAAUAAUUAAUUGCGUCCUCAUCGUAGAUUGCAUUACCGUGUUGCAUUCUAUGCAGGGCUGCCCUGGAGGCAGCAGCUAGUGCAAAAUGCAGCUGACAAGGCAGAAUAUUGCAUCCUAUUACAUCACUGUUGAAAGAAUUGUGCUAGCUGCCAACUAGCUUCUGAGCUAAGUCCAAGGUGCUAGUUCUGGAGUACACAGCCCUACGCAGUUUGGGGCUCAGAAUACCUAAAAUACAGGGUCGUCUCUUACACCCAACCAAUCGUGUAAAUUGUCUUUUUUGUGCCUAUUAAAGACUUUUUCAACCAGCCUUUUUAAGAAGAGACUUUUAUCACAGUUGGUAUCUGAAUUAAUUUUAAAUUGUUUAAAUUAUCUAUAUAUAUAUACACAUAUUUUUAUAUAUAUGCAGUUGUUUUGCAUAUGGCUUUUUUGCAAUGUGAAAAUGCUUUGUAGGGUAUGUUUCAUAAAUCAGUUGAAUAGCAAUAGAUGAUCUAAAGUGUAGCAUGAUUUAGUUGGGUUUAUAAAGAGAUAACAGCUCAUUCCCUUUCUCAAAGGAGACAGGAUAAGUUUCCCUGGGAAACUUCUUCAGAGACUUUUAAAACAUUGCUAGGAACCUUAAAAGGUGACCUGUAUUACUGAAGUCAGGCUAAUGGACACAGCUAGUCUUGUACCCAGAACAAUUCUUUAUCCCCUCCCUCAGGCCUUCCACACACCCCUUGGCUGAAAAGAAAAGGGGGGUCAACCUUUCACUAUCAGUUGCAAGACAUCUUGCAUUAUUGUAACAGUUGCACUGAUGCAGUAAAAUAUCAAAGAAAUGUGCAGAUGUAACAUCUCAAAACUUCAUUUGUGGGAUCUGUACCUGCUGCAGUUAGAGAUGUUGGAUGUUGUAGAUUGCACUCAGUUUAGUUAUGGUAUUUUUAAUAAAAAAAAUUAAGACACCAUGCGGUCAAAAAGACUUUUAAAAAAUCAAAUUUAAAACAAACCAGGUAAUAGAGCCUGUGGACUCUCUCCCUAGUCCUUUUAUUUUGGCAAUUUGGCUUGGCUCUCUUACUUGAGAUCUGGAGCUAUUUGUUUGGAUGGCUGGCAGAACUUUGGUCUAGAUAGGGUUUGGUUCUUUUUGAAGUCUGUGUGCCCUAGUUUUCCUGUUAGCUCUGCACCAUGGUAAGUUACCAAAAGCACUCUUUAUUGAUUGGGCUUCAUGACGUAGUUACCUCUGAUAUGUUGAUAGCUCUUCUACAUUAUUCCUCCUCAUAUCACCACUUGUACCACAUACAGUUCCUUUUUAAAAAAAAACCCAUCUUGCAGAAAUUGCACAAUCACUUACUGAAGUCCCACUUUUUUUAAAGACAGAAGUUCUAGAUGCAGGAAAUAAGAGAUGGGGCUUUCUGCUUGCUAAUUAGAAAUAAUGAAUGGAUAGCAGUCUUUUCUAUAAACGUGUACGGAUACAGAACUGCACAGCUGUUACUGCCUGCUUUUAAGGGUUAUUCCUAGGCCAAAUGCUCUUAAUGUGCAUAAUGUGCUCUGGAAAGGCCACACGCCUCCAACUGAUGGAAGCCUAAGAGUCGAUUUUUGACAUCCUGUGGGUGUGGCACAUACAGACUAAACUCUACUUUUAGGGAUUGACAUCAGUGGUGAGGAGAGACCGCACCCUUAUGCCAGCCCUAAACAGGAAAUUCUUAAUUGGUCUCUAGGGGAAUUGAGAAUAAAGCCUUUUAAGAAAGAACUGGUGGGUUUAAUAAUGUAAAAAAGCUGUGAGCCAGCUCAUUUUUAAAAUUUCUUUCCUAAGCAGAAGGAAAAUAUGUCAACAAAAGCAAUAGACGUUCACUGGAAGCACUAACUGAGAAUUUGUAAAAUCUAAAUACAGUAUGCUUGUCUGGGAAACAAGAGCCUGAUCUUUAAAAUAAACGAAAAAGCCUAGCAUGCACUGGAGAUUUUUGUUGUUCAUCCCACAGAAUGAAUAAAAACCCCAGCAGGGAAGAGAGCCAAAAUAUUACCACGAAAGACCAUGAAAUUUGCUAAGCUUGCUUGAAUUCUUCCACAUGCAUGUAAUGUUGUUUAGGCUGCCAAAAGACAGAGGGGGUAGUGAAUAAAAGAGCUCUGUGGUGUAACAUUAAGGGCGAUGUAGCUAAGCAGAUUUCAUUGUUGACCUGUGGCUUAACUUCAUGCAGGAAUCACCCUUCAGUUAUCGUUCAGCCUGGCAAGAGGCCUUUACCUGUGGAAUCUCCAGACACGCAAAGGAAGCGCAGAAUACACCGAUGUGACUACGAAGGCUGCAACAAGGUUUACACUAAAAGCUCCCACCUGAAAGCUCACAGAAGAACACAUACAGGUAUGAUGAUGAUGAUAAUAAUAAUAAAAUAAUGAUAAUAGUAGUAGUAAUAAUAAUAAUAAUAAUAAUAAUAAUAAUAAUAAUAAUAAUAACCUAUCCUGCUAGGUUUCCAACAGAUAUAAAAACAUAACAAAACAUUUAAAAAACCUACCCUAUACAGGGCUGCCUUCAGAUGUCUUCUAAAAAGUUGUGUAUCUCCUUGACAUCUGAUGGGAGGGCGCCACCACCAAAAAGACCCUCUGCCCGGUUCACUUCUUGCAGUGAGAGAACCACCAGAAGGCUCUCAGAGCUGGACUUCAGUGUCCCAGCUGAACAAUGUGAGUGCAGACCCUCCAUUUGUAGUAUGCUGUUGGCUUUUAUAGUCCAUAGGAACUGCAAAGGUCAACACAAAUGCACAUGAGCCACUUCUAAUUGUAAUGUAAAGGUUAGGGAUGCUUUGAGUGGCAGGACAGCUGCAUCAGCCCAAGUUGCUGCUAGAACUGCUAUAGCUUGAAUUGAACUGUAGGAAUGCAAAAUGUGAGUGGGGAAUAUAUACAAUUUAAUUUGACUGGAAUGAUUUGCUCUAGCCAUGGGGCCGUAAACAAAGCCAUAAAGCAAAACUGACCGUGGCCCAGCCUACCCAUUAAUUAUUGGCAACAUGCUUGCUGUCAAUAAACGCUGUUCCACCACUGUGGCGCUCCAUAUUUUGUUUUAUUGGCAGUGUGUCAUGUGUCUUGCUCAGGUUAUUGUAUUUUCAUGCCAUGGCAGUGUCACUUGUCCCUUUGGUGCCAGGAAGUCAAUGUGCUGUACAGCCGAUGGCAUUAUCACUUCUUGUAUUUCCUUAGUUUCUGGAGUGGUUCAAAUUAAGGCCACCCUACCACUGUGGCGCUGUGGGUUAAACCACAGAGCCUAGGACUUGCCGAUCAGAAGGUCGGCGGUUUGAAUCCCCGUGACGGGGUGAGCUGCCGUUGCUCGGUCCCUGCUCCUGCCAACCUAGCAGUUCGAAAGCACCCCAAAAAGUGCAAGUAGAUAAAUAGGUACCGCUCUGGCGGGAAGGUAAACGGCGUUUCCGUGCGCUGCUCUGGUUCGCCAGAAGCGGCUUAGUCAUGCUGGCCACAUGACCCGGAAGCUGUACACCGGCUCCCUCGGCCAAUAAAGUGAGAUGAGCGCCACAACCCCAGAGUCAUCCGCGACUGGACCUAAUGGUCAGGGGUCCCUUUACCUUACCACUCUGUAACAUGUCACAUACCAGAAAAUUUCUCAGUCUUGAGACUGAAGCUUCAGAUAUGUAAAAUGUGGAAUACUUGCCUGUAUUUUUAAUUAUUUACACUUCGAUCCAAUGAAUAUUUACUCAGAAGUAAGCCUUGCGGUGCUCAUUGGGGCCUAUCCCCUAGCAGGUGUUAAAGGAUUUUAGCCUUGGUUUUUUAUUUUAUUUGGCACACACUUUUGCUUCUCUGAGUGGUGGCUGGUUUAUUUUUCUUAUUUUUCUACUGAAUGGUGCUAGUACCAUCACACCCUUCUACAUCAUCACUAAAUUUGUCUUGGAUACAGCAUUCUCUCUACAGAUCUUGUUCUCUGUUUCUGAGCUCUGUUCAAGGACGGCUCUUUACUCCAGUGAAGGCUUUCACAAAUAGAAAGGGUGCAAUUUUCACAAAUUCCCCUUUUCUCCCAGGCACUCUCUAACCCCGUAUAGCAUGCUGGCUUGGGGGGGGGGGGAGAAAACAACAAAAAUAACCUCACCAUGGACAAAUAAUGCCCAUAGGACUGAAGAGCUUUCAGAGACAUGAAACUGAAUGUAACUCAAGAUUAAAAGCAACAGUUAGGGCUAGUGGACAAGUCAGUUAUGGAUCAAAUAUAAAGACAUUCUAAGGCCCAUUUUUAAUCCAGAGAAACCUGUUUUACUAGAACAUCUGGUAUAAAUGUAAAAAAUAUCCUGUAGUUUUUAAGUAACAAUGCUGUUGCCAAUGGAGGUUUGCUUUUCUUAUGUGUUCGUUGUGUAAAAUGAAAAUAUGUUCCAUGAGUUUUUGUUUUGCUUCGGUUUUUUAAUUGCCUUCCCCCCUCCCUUUUUUUUCUUUUUUUGGCCUCAGGUGAAAAGCCUUACAAAUGUACUUGGGAAGGUUGCACAUGGAAGUUUGCUCGAUCUGAUGAAUUAACACGGCAUUUCCGGAAGCAUACAGGAGUCAAACCUUUCCAGUGCCCAGACUGCGACCGUAGCUUUUCCCGCUCCGACCAUCUUGCCCUUCAUAGGAAGCGCCACAUGCUAGUCUGAAACACUCUUCCUUCGUCUCUCUUCAUAUUUCUUUUCAUUUUUAACCUGUGCAUUUUAAGUUAGAUUCAGCGGGCCUGAAUCUCUGGAUUAAUAGCCUUGAAACCUUCCCUAUGGUCAGUAAGAGAUGUUUGCUUGACCCUUCUUUGCCCAUGCCACGGGUCAGACCUACAGAAUGUGAACAUUUUUUUUUCUCCUGGGGGUUGCUAAGCAAACCCUUGCUUGCCAGCAUGCAGAUUAAAUUUCUGUGAGACUUAAGAGAUCUUGUAAUCGAGCUGGCUAGUUUUGCCAUUUAAUUAACCAGCAUAUGUUGAUCAUAGUCACUUGUGUUGGAAAUCCAGCCUGCUAGUCCUUGCCAGAGACUCUGUACCCUGUAAAGGAUGCGUGUCUCCUUUUUAUGCUCAGCAAUGCAACGAAUGGAUCCUUUCCAAUGUGGUUGGUUGUAGAAGCAUGUUCCACAAGACACUUUUUGGUUGUGUUUAAAAAAAAAAAAAUCCUCAAACUGGGAGUGAAUGGAACAAUUUUUGACUGAUGAGUGGCUGUUUAUCAGCAGAAAUGUUGUCAAUGCAUCAUGUUGUACAUCCUGACCGACAUUGCCUCUCUUUUGUCUGUUGUGUAGAAUGCUAGCUUGUGUUUGCCUGGAUAAUAGUGCCUCGGUAGAUUCAUUAAGCAAAGACCUUCUUGUAGUGUAGUUAUCUGUGUUUUGUGUCCAGCUGUAUGAAUGGAACACACAUGGUACUCGUAUGAUGUGGCAUUCGAUGAUACAUGCAAUAAUCUACCUCACUGAGGAGGUGUGGUAGGUAUAUUAUUUUCUCAUCACUCCUCUGCAUUUCCUGUUGUCUACACAAGGCCUCUGGUCCUUUCCCUGGCACAGUUUAGAAGCAGCAACCUUUUCAGCAAAAUGAACCUGAACUGCUGGAAGGCACCACCAUAUUCAUAAGAUAAGUGAAGAAGACAACCUCUGAAUUUAAGCACUUCUGUAGAUCUCAAAAUUUGAGUAUCACAAAUGGAAAAGGUACACUUUGAUCUCUCGUUGCCAUGUUCCACAGAAGAGCUUCAUGAAGUCCCUCAAGUGAUUUGUAAUGCAGUCAUGCUAGGAGUGGUAAAAUACACAACCAAAAAAUAGUUAUUUAAAAAUCCAGCAUGGUUGAUACUAUUCCAUAUCCUCUAGAGAUUUCGUGGAAAGAUUUGAAGGAAAGAAAAAUUACUCUUUUCACCAGUGUGCCUACGAGCUCUUCUUGGAAUUAUGGGUCAUUUGGCUUUCAUAUUUUUAAAAAUGGAGAUAGAUAGAUAUAUUGAGGCCAGCAGCAAUAAGGGGAAUGAACAACAGAGGAAAGGAACUCAUAAUGUGCUAGGAAACACUUUAUCGAAAUCAACUGUUGUAAUCAAAUGCAUUUUGAGUUAACCACCCCUUCAGGGGCAACCUGUUUCAUUCAACACUGUCAAAGUAGUAGUGUGCUUCUACUGUUUCAUAAACUGUGUUGGGCUUCCAUAGUUCAUUUCUAUAAACUAUUUUCUAGCACUUUUUGUAGUCCUGUCUCCUCUUUUCUUCCACAAAAAAAUAAAGUACAGCUGGGUGCUUACUUAGCUUGGUGACUCUCUCCCAUUGAAAUCAGAUGUAACCAAGUAACUGUGGCUGGAUCAUGGCCAUCAUUUUUUGUGUCAUGCACUCUGUAUCUGCACACCUGUCCUAGAGAGGCCUUGUACAUUUUUUCUCAGAUUCAAUUUGGUUUGUAAAUCCCAGGUAACUUCAAAUUGAUUAAGGCUGCAAUCAUUUACACACUCAUGGCAGAAAGCAACAGUGGCAAGCAAUGGGACUUAGUUUUAUUUUUAAAAUUAAAUGUUAUAUUAAAAAGUAUAAAUUCAAAGCAAUAAAGGUUUAAACAGUGAAAAAGAGCAAUAACAGUGAUAAACAGUCCCGUCCCCCCGCUCCCUUCUGCCCAUCAUGGUUCCUUCCAUCUAAAUUUUGUGCAGGAUUGAAUAAUGGCAAGAAAUUCAUCUCUUCUGUUUUCCAUAACUAAUAGGCAAAAAAUCAUGUGUAGAUCAUCAAUUCAGUAACUUCAUUAACUAAGGAUCUUAAUAUAUUUUGAAAUACAUUUUUGAUUUAUUCAUUUAUAUAAGUUUAAAAAGAGGUACAAAUAGGGACUUAAUUUUCUGAGUACAGGAUUGUGCUGUGACAUUUUCUUCCCUUCAAGAAAGCAUGCACUUCCCCACUCCUGAAAGGAAAACGUUCACAGAAUAUGUCAGAAGGCUGAUACGGAAGAGUUGCCACUUAAUUAAUUGCAAGGAAGUUGAGGCAGGCUGUUGAGAACAGUAUCUUUGUUGAAUGCAAUAAUAAAACGUUCUGCAGAGUCACAGGUGCAGAAUUCAGCUUGUGAGUUGCUAUUGUGAAAACAGAAGAAUAAAGGUAAAUUUGGGAGGGAAGAGAUAAAGAAAUGCUUCCUACAGUUCUUUAAACUUUAAAGCCAAACCCAGAAGUAUUUGAAACUUCACCUAGUUGGAUAUAUAGGUGCUUCAGAUAAAUUUAAUCUCUCUCUAGAAAUUAAACUGACAGAGCAAGGGAACUGUUGCAUUGUUCAGUGUAAUCAGUCACGUGUGUAUGGUGGCUGUUUCACAAUCAAACCUUACAAGAAUUAGGAAUGCUUAAGACCAGCCUGGAAAUCCAAAGAACAAUCCAGUUAAAAGUGUGGCACAUUUUUUUGCUUUGCUAAUAGCAAGUUUAAACCAGGAAUAAUUGUACUGAAGCAUCUGCAACCCAUUCCAUCAAAAUGUAAAUGGAGCAAGAAAACCCUCUCUAGUGUUGCCAAGCAAAUCUGGGAAACACAUUAUUUUCUGUUGUGUUGACACACUUAAACUACUCUGUUGCUAACAUGGAAAAACACUGAAUGUGGAAACUUGAUGAGAUUUCUAAGUGUCAGCAAAACAGGAGUGGGAACUGCGGAGCACAGAGUGCCAUACUAGGAUUCGAAAUUUAAUUCCUUUGGAUCCGAUUCCUCCAAAAAUAAGAUAUAUUUUUUCCCUUCUACAUUAAAACGUAACAGAUACAAAUUACCAGCAUAUGAAAAUUGGUAAACUGUGUCUAAGCAUGGCUGAAAUUGCUUUUUUCCAUUUAGGAUGUUUAGCAGUGCUUGGCUUAAAGUGCCUUUAAUUUCAAUUCCACACUCAGAGCGCUACCACUUUCCGAGCUCAUCAGAUUUGUCAUUCAGAUAUGUCUUCAAAGACUCAUUCAUUUGUGGUGCUGCUACAUGUUAUCUUUUAUUUUUUUAAAAAAUACUUUCUGCUAUAUUAAUUAUUCUCACAAUCCAUCUGAAGUUGUUUCAAGCGUGUAGCAACAUUUGAGUUUAUCAUAUAAAAUGCCAGGAGGAAACUUGCCCUUGUUUUUAAGAAAAAGUUUCUGGAAUGCUCUACUGUGUAUCAAAUACAUGGGCUUAAAAAAAAAAUGCAGCAGGGUGAGCAGAAAAUGACCUGCAAUACAAAAUGGAAAUGCCCCCUUCAAGAUGGUUUAUUAAUGCCACAUAAAAAAAUUAUGUGGCUAGUUAACUUCAGGCAAACACAGUUACAAAAUUCCACAUUUUAUCUGCAUGCUUCUGUAUAUAAUUCUGGGAGAGCAAACAGUAUGGCCAAAGGCUUGUUUAGGUGUGAUGAGAUUUUUAUCUUUUCUGCACCUUGGAUUAUUGCUAGUUGUAGUCUAAAUCAGGAAUAACUAUUCCAGCUCAAACACUCUUUGUUUAUAGGUCCCCUCCGCUUCAAAAAUGUUUUUCUGUGUAGUGGGAAAUUGGAAAACACUGAUGUUUAGGAAAUAGGAGUCAGAAAGCAAAUGGAACUGGUUGCAUAUUUUCAACCAGGGCUUCAGGCUCUGCGUUUGGAUACAAAGGUUCUCUUCUGAUGGAGUCUUCCUCCAGCAGAGGAAGGGAACUUUGGAUCUAACCCUAUAUUUGCAUAUUACUAGGGAGAUAAGAUGCAGUCCUAAAAGCCCUUACACUGGAGUAGUUCUGUUGAAAUCGGGAGAUAAGAAUCCAUGCUCUGAUACGACAGUCAAAGUCUAGUCUCCCACCGGCUUGGAGGUAGCAGUGUUGUCCAAUUUAAUUCUGUGGUUCUUACGGAGGGAAGCAGGCCUGUUUUUAGUAAGUGUAGACCAUUUCAGCCAUGCAAACUUCCUCAUCUCUAAUCCAGAUUGUAACACGUGUCUUGAGUGUGCCAGGAAAAUGCAGGCAACCAUUGGCCAGAGAGUCAAUUCCAAUUCCACGCCCCCCACUCGGCUUUGGGGACACUGCAAUAGCCCCAUAGAACUUCCUGCUACUACUUGUCCUUCACUAUUGCAAGUGGAGGUCGUCUUUUGCCUACUGGGGGUGGGGGACGUGCAAUUGCAAGAGAAGAGGCUCAAGCAAUUUUGAAAAGCAAGUGGUUAGCAAAUGAGGAAGAUUCACUUGUGUUUGGGGAAGCAGUACGCAGUCCAAAUAAUUAAAAGUUACUUUUCUAAACAAACCAUGUGCACUAGUAGUAUUCCACUGUACAGAAUGCAACUUUUAGGAUACUGUUGAUCAUGUUUUCAGUUAAAUAGCAUUAUGGGUUGUUCCAAGAGGGAUUGUUCAGAGCAAAGCUGAUAUUUCUAUAAUGUGGUUUUAAUUGCACACUGUAGUUCCAGUUUUAACACACAACACAAAACCUUCUAAUUGCAGGAUCUUCUUUGUGUUCUGUUCAAACUUAGCAAGGUGUAGAUGAAUGCAAAUCCUUUCCUUUUAAACAGAAUUUGCAAAAGUAUUUUAUACAUAUUAUUUGAAAAGGGCUAUAAUAAUUCCCAUUACAUUUUACAAAUAUUAGCACUUUCUUGAUAUUUAUGUAUUUUAAAUGUUAUACGGUCAAAAUAAUCUUCCUGCUUAGCAUCUCUUAAAACUUUACCUGCAAAUGUAGCAGGGCUAUUACAUUUACUUUAAUACUUGUAUAAAAAUAUGCAGAAUUUUUUAAAAAAUAAAAUGUAAUAUAUUUUAUAAGCUAAUAAUAAUCGGGUAAUUAAAGGUUUCUAGCAUGCAUUCCUAUCAUUUGCAGAUACUGAAGCAUUUUGGUAAUCUUUCUCACUAAAUAUGUGAAUGUUUUAAUGUAACUUCACUUUCUAUUUUUGGUAGUCCAAUGGGAAUUCAGUAAUGACAUUUUGUCAUGUCAAACUGUGAACAUAAUUUGUACUGUACAGUCCUCAUAUGUUAUAUAUAGUAUACUAUAUGUAUUAUACUUGUUAAUAAAACAAGACAAAUAUUAAAUGUCAAUAUGUAGUU